AUGGUGGCGCUCGACCUCGAUGCCUGUUUGGAACGACUCUACAAAAAGCAGCUACUGGCAGAAUGCGUCUUGAAAGAGAUUUGCGAGAGAACAAAAGAGCUGCUCAUGUCUGAAAGCAACGUAGUGCAUAUCAGUGCGCCUGUAACGGUGGUAGGAGACAUCCACGGGCAGUACUACGACUUGAUUGAGAUAUUUCGCAUUGGUGGCUAUUGUCCUGAUACCAAUUACCUGUUCCUGGGAGAUUAUGUGGAUAGAGGACUCUACAGCAUAGAGACAAUUUCGCUACUGACCUGCCUGAAAUUGAGAUACCCAGAUCGUGUACAGCUUGUGAGAGGGAAUCAUGAAUCCAGAGCUGUAACGCAGACAUAUGGAUUCUACGCCGAAUGUAUUCGUAAAUAUGGAUCAAUGCAAGUGUGGAAGUACUUUACAGACAUGUUUGACUAUUUGACACUGUCAGUGGUGGUAGAUAACAGCAUAUUUUGUGUGCAUGGAGGAUUGUCGCCCACGAUCCACGUUUUAGACCAGAUAAAGAUCAUUGAUCGAUUCAAAGAGAUUCCACACGAAGGCGCCAUGGCAGAUUUAGUGUGGUCAGAUCCAGAUCCAGACAAAGAAGAGUUUGCGAUUUCAGCAAGAGGAGCAGGUUACACAUUUGGCGGUUUGGUGGUGGAUAGGUUUUUACAUCUUAACAAGAUGGAUCAUAUUCUAAGAGCACAUCAGCUUUGCAAUGCAGGGUAUCAGGUUUUGUUUGAUGAUAAAUUAUCCACAGUAUGGUCAGCUCCCAAUUACUGCUAUCGCUGUGGAAACCUGGCUUCCAUCCUCGAGGUGAGCGUUUCUGGCGGGAGGUUCUUCAAUGUCUUUGAUGCUGCCCCUGAGAAUGACAGAGUGAUAGAUACCUCCAAUAUGCCCAUAAAGGACAACAAGAUAGAAUAUUUUUUGUAA